CAGUCCAAAAGAAAAUGGGGUUUGGUGUAAAUCUGGGGGUGUAAUGUUAUCAUAUAUCACGCUACCUCGUAAAACCGACACCGAAGCCUACCGGACAACAAAUCACAUCAAAAUUAUGAGUUCUUCGUAUUAUGUGAACGCUCUUUUUAGCAAAUAUACGACGGGCGCUGCUUCCCUCUUCCAAAAUGCGGAGCCCACGUCUUGCUCCUUUGCUACCAACUCCCAGAGAAGCGGCUAUGGACCAGGCGCUGGCGCCUUCGCCUCCUCCAUGCCCGGCUUGUACAAUGUGAACAGCACCCUAUAUCAGAGCCCGUUCUCGUCCGGAUACGGCCUGGGCUCAGAUGCCUACAACCUGCAUUGCUCCUCUUUUGAUCAGAACAUUCCGGUCCUCUGCAGUGACUUAACCAAACCCAGCUGUGAGAAAGCGGAGGAAGGCACCCUGCCCAGCCAGGCUGAGAGUAAUUUCCGGAUAUACCCCUGGAUGAGGUCUUCAGGUCCGGAUAGGAAGCGGGGGCGCCAGACCUACACCCGUUACCAGACCCUGGAGCUGGAGAAGGAGUUCCACUUCAACCGCUAUCUGACCCGCCGGCGGAGGAUAGAGAUCGCCCACGCCCUGUGCCUCACCGAGAGGCAGAUCAAGAUCUGGUUCCAAAACAGGCGCAUGAAAUGGAAGAAGGAGCAUAAAGAGGAGCCCGCAGAGGCCGGGGCCGCCACCGCCAAGGACAGCCCCUCGGCCACAGCCUCGGUGGAGAAAGUGGAGGAAGAGGAGGAUGAAGAGGAAGAGUAGCGUGGCCCGGCUUGCCGGCGGCUAGAGAAAGUUGGCCGGCCCUGUGUGCCCGUGACUGUUGUAAACGCUCUCUCGCAAAGCCAACCAAGAGUUAUCAUAAUCAUAAAAGGAGACCCUUGUAAUGGCCAUUCUUAGCUCAGAUGCCUUCCACUGGUCUUCCGCAUCCCCAGAGCGCCCUACAUCACGCCCUGUGUAAACUAGGAGUAACUUUUCACUAAGCAACCCGGACUGCUUUUGUCUGGGUUGCCCAGGCCUCUAUUUAAAACGUUGCAUUUUUUUUUAAAAAAAGAGUGUUACUGUAUUUCUGACUGAAAAAAAAGUAAUUGGUUACUUGCACAUGUGGGGGGGGGAGGGGAUCCUUUAACCCCCACACCCACAAAAGUUAACGCUUCCAAAUAAACUACCUGAUUGUAUUGGUCCCAACCAGUCCCUAAAAGGUGGGAGUGCAUUAGGAUCAUUUGCAAACUACCUAAUUUAGACUGAAGGUUUAUUUCCUUCCAUUUAUUGUGGGAUUUAUUUUCUUUUAUUUUCUUUUGGGUUAAGAUAACCUGGGGUUGGGAAUUGAAAGGGGAGGAAAAGGAAAUAACCCUUGAAAAAUAAUAACUGAACCACUAGACUCAACAGCAGCGACUUGUACUACCUAUUCUCAAAACUACCUAUUAACUAGCUCCGCCUACCUAUCGCCUACCUAUCUCCAAAGCCCUACUGUAUUUUACUGAUGAGGAAAGAGAUUCGUGCACGCAUUACUUGCCUGCAGGAUCUAAAAGGUAGAGAAGGCGGCAUCAAAGGGGGAGGGGAGGGGGAUAUGGCGCCUUCAUAGCUCCAAUAGAGAAAUUGGGGCCGAGUAUUGCUGAGUGUAAUUUAAAAAAAAAGUAAAACAAAAUAAUAUAUUUAUUCCAAGUCUGUUAUUAAGUGAUAUGCUGCAACAUAAAAACUUUCGUAUCGUGUCUUCUCCGUCUGAAUUUUAAGGAACUUCUCGCAAAAGUUGUAUAAAGCGGUUUCGCCUCCUGUGUUUCAUUUUGCGUGGCGCGCUGGGCGGCCGAUUCAAUGUUUGGGUCUACUUUAAAUCAUUCAUUCUGCUUGAUAACAGCUGCAAAACAAACGUCUCUUGUGAAUGUAGGCAGCGGCCGUCUACCUGCUUCCUGCUCACCUUUCCCCGAGAAAGGAAUACACGCGCAGCUGCCUCAAAAAUGAGCGCGCCUUGUAUGUCGGCAGGCAACCUGGGUCGUGUCUGUCGCCUUGGACGUCACAUCACAUCAUAAGCUGGGAAAUCUGUACUUAAUUGGGGUCACUUUGUAGCAUGAUGCCGUGUUUUAGGAGCUCUGUAUAAAUAAAUCGCGCCUGGAAAGUUUUUGGCUAAACUUGAUCCAUAAAUUGUAUGUUACAAUGUGUUUUUCCCCGAUGCGUUUAUUGUGAGCAUUGAGGUAUUCCGUGUUUUAAAAGAAAAAAAUGGGGGGGAGGGGUUGAAUGUGCGUGAAUUCUCUUUGGAAGUACUUUGCUGUAUUCAGUGUGUUUUAUGUUACGCAGAAAUAAAAAUGCUUGUUGACAAUGGA